AUGCCGCGAAUUAUACUAACGCGUUACGACAUUCAUAAUAAAGAGGAAAAUAUUAAAGUAAUGCAACAGAUUAAUACAAAUAAUGAUGAUAAUACAAACACAGAUGUGCUUAAUAUUAAUGAUACAAAUUCAAGGAUCGAAAUUAAUGAUCUUAGUCUUUCAUCAAUAGUAACCAGUAUAUUCGAGAAGGAGAUACUUGAUUGCAAUGUUUCGAAUUUAAGUCAAUUUUCUGAUUUAUUAAAUACAGACGUACCUUUUGAGACAAUAUUAAAUGAUAACAGCAAAGAACAGUCUCCUUCAACUUUGUACCAAUUGCCAGAAAUUGAAACAUAUAAUGUAAACGACUUGUACUUUGCGCAAGAGGAUGAUACUAAAAUACAAAAAAACAUUAUUAAAAAUAGUUCUGAUUAUAUACAAAGUAAAUACUCGUCAGCUACGAGUAACUCUGAAGAAACAGAAAAAUCAGAACAUGAAGAUAACAGCAAAUAUAAAGAACCCCUUUCUAACAUACAAAAUGAUACAAUAAUAUCUACAGGCUUGGAUGUUAACAAUGUUGGAGGAUGUGAAACUCGACAAAAUGAACAAACAGUAAUACCUACGAAACAUGCAGGCAUAAAAAAAUAUAUGUGUAUAUUCUGUCACAAAAUGCAAGCAAAGAUUGUCCGACAUUUGGAAUUAGUUCAUUCUGAGGAAGAUGAUGUUCGAAAGUUCAAAUAUUUACCUAAAGGUUGUAACGAAAGAAGAAAAAUCAUCGAUACUUUAAGAAAAAAAGGAAGUUUCGAAUUUAACAUUAAAAAGCAAUACGAAGGGCAAAGUUUUAUUCCAUGUAGACGAGCAAGAGAAAAUAAACUUAAGAUUCUUAAAAAUUAUCUAGCAUGUGGAAAUUGUAAGGGUCAUUAUUUAAAAUCAACACUGAGGCAUCAUUUCAGAAAAUGUACGGGUCGGUCAGGACAGAACAGUCGCGUCGUUAAAGUAAUGGGUAGAAGGUAAGAAGGCAAAUGUCUCAAAGAAGCUAUAGUGAGAGAGUACGG